CCAGAACUGGCCACAGUAUUCCAGCAGCCAAAUACAGAGAAAUUACUGUUCUGAGAGACAUGUCGCAAUACUACUCUUGUUUUUGAUUACCUGAAUUUGUUUGGAGACAAACAUAUAAUAUGGGAGUUCUCCAUUCAUCAUGUUGUGUCACCAGCGGUGGCUGAGCUGAAAUUUCCUGCAUCUUGGGGAGAGCAUGUAUAAAAGGAAUGGCCUCAUGGCCAAUGUGACCAUCACCUCCGCCACUCCAGAGGAUAGUAGCAGCUCUGACUCUUUGGAAGGAAGGAGUUCAGACUAUGCCAAUAAAAGCUAUGAUGCGGUUGUAUUUGACGUAUUGAAAGUAACUCCUGAGGAGUUUGCAAGCCAGAUUACAUUAAUGGAUAUGCCAGUAUUUAAAGCUAUACAGCCAGAGGAACUAGCCAGCUGUGGAUGGAAUAAGAAAGAAAAACACAUCCUCGCCCCUAAUAUUGUUGCCUUCACAAGGAGGUUUAAUCAGGUCAGUUUCUGGGUUGUACGAGAAAUUUUAACAGCACAGACCUUAAAAAUAAGGGCAGAAAUAUUGAGCCAUUUUGUGAAAAUAGCUAAGAAACUUCUAGAACUGAACAACUUACAUUCCCUCAUGGCUGUGGUAUCAGCAUUGCAAAGCGCACCUAUUUUCAGGCUGACGAAAACUUGGGCUCUUCUGAAUCGCAAAGACAAGACCACCUUUGAGAAGUUAGACUACUUAAUGUCUAAGGAAGAUAAUUAUAAGAGGACACGAGAGUACAUCAGAAGCUUAAAGAUGGUCCCUACUAUUCCCUAUUUAGGAAUAUAUCUCUUGGAUUUAAUCUACAUCGAUUCUGCAUAUCCUGCAUCUGGCAGCAUCAUGGAGAAUGAACAAAGAUCCAAUCAAAUGAACAAUAUCCUCCGAAUAAUAGCUGAUUUGCAAGUCUCCUGUAGCUAUGAUCAUCUCAUAACUUUACCCCAUGUGCAAAAGUACUUAAAGUCUGUCCGCUACAUUGAGGAACUUCAAAAGUUUGUGGAAGAUGACAACUAUAAAUUAUCCUUAAGAAUUGAGCCAGGAAGCAGCUCUCCUCGACUGGUCUCCUCCAAGGAAGAUCUUGCAGGUCCAUCAGAGGUGUCAGCAACCGUGAGGUUCAGCAGGAGACCAACUUGUCCUGAUGCCUCAGUGGCAGCCAGCCUCCCAACCCCUCCUGUACCAAGACACAGGAAGAGUCACAGCCUGGGAAACAAUAUGAUGUGUCAGUUCAGUGUAGUUGAAAGUAAAAGUGCAACGUUUCCAACAGAGAAGCUACGCCACCUGCUGGAUGACAGUGUCCUAGAAUCCCACAGUCCUGUCAGAAACCACACUCUAAACUCAGUUUUCACCAAUGGAAUUUCCAUAGGAAGUAGUGAAAGUUCAGAAUUUAGUGAGGAGCUGUCUUCAGGGCUUGAAAGGGGUCGGCUGUAUGCCACGCUGGGGCCUAACUGGCGGGUACCAAUUCGGAAUUCUCCCAGAAGUCGAAGCUGUGUCUACAGCCCAACAGGGGCCUGGAGCUGCACGUUAGGGAGUUCAACAGGAGUCAUUACCAUGGAAGGGCCUUUAAGAAGGAAGACAUUACUAAAGGAAGGCAGAAAGCCUACACUCUCCUCAUGGACUAGAUAUUGGGUUACACUUUCGGGAUCAACUCUUCUCUACUUUGGAGCAAAGUCAUUAAGAGGCACAGAAAGAAAACAUUAUAAAUCUACUGCUGGUAAAAAAGUCUCUGUUGUGGGCUGGAUGGUGGCACUGCCUGAUGAUCCUGAACAUCCGGAUAUUUUUCAGCUAAAUAACCCUGACAAAGGCAAUAUUUACAAGUUUCAGUCUGGGUCAAGGUUUCAUGCAAUACUGUGGCACAAGCAUUUGGAUGAUGCAUGCAAAAGCAACAGGCCUCAGGUACCUGCUAACCUUAUGUCAUUCGAAUAACUUGCAUCAGUAUGUGGUGUGACUUCAAGUGCCAAACUGUAGGAUGGGAAUAUCUUUCCCUUAGGAGAAGGAGCUCCCUAACGUGAGCCAGCUGCCCCAGACGAGAUUACUUCAGCACUUUUCUAUGUAACUUGAAAGUGAUUUUGACACAGCUUUUAAAAGCAGAAAGUGAAUGUUGUCCUUAGGACCAGAUAUAGUCUCAUGCACUGAACAUAAGUAGACAAUUUAGACAGACUGAAGAUGCGUCCUGACUGAUGCAGGAUCCUGGAAACCUUGACUUUAACUUUGUGGUCACAAACUGCCCUGGACUAAUGUUGGACCACAAACCGUGCAUCACAUCUUCUGCCUAUUCUUUUUUAAACUGUUCUUUUUAUUGUCAAGCUGCUUUAUGUGACUGAAGAACAUUUAGCCCAUGUUGGGUUUUCAAUUCUUUCUAAUGCACAAAAUGAUUGACAGUGUUAACUUGCUGCAAAGUGUCAAUUAGAAUAGAAAAUUGUGGAACAACAUUUUUAUAACCUAAGUGCACUGAGUUGCUUGGCAAUGUGGUUGCCUCAGAUUUUGUAUCAAAUCUCUGGACAAUUCUGCAGUUCACAUUUGAGCUAUUUGGGAAAUGUGUAUUUUGGCACAAGAUAAAUAGUUUAAUUUAGUAUUUCUUUCACUUGAAUGUGGUGCUUUUAAAUAUAAUUUAAAGGACGAGUGAAGGGUCCAUUGCUAUUUAAAUUCACUUUGUGUUACAGGUUUUCUUGGGUUUUCUUACUCCUAAGGAUAAAUUGGCCUUAUUAUUUUCCCCUUCACAAUGGGUGCUAUUCAUCUAAAAUCCCUAGCUCCAUGGAUGGAGGUAUUUGGAUCUUCCCAGCCACCUCCUGACUCCUCAGAAUGGCUGAACUUUCCACUCUCAUGUGGAUGAUCCAAUCCCACUCAGCACCUGCAUGUGCACACACAUCACCUGGUAGACAGAAUAACACCACUAGUACUUCUAUCAUGAAGGCCUCUGUUCCUCUGAAAUCAUGAUGGAGGUGAGAUCUAGGCAGGACUGAUUGGUAUACCAGGAGCCACCAACCCAGUAUCCUGGAAAGAGGAAAUGAACCGAAUGUAAGAGACCCUUCUUGCCAGGAGAAACCUCCUGGUUCUCUUUUCCCAGGUGUGCCUUAGCACUACCUGCUGGUCAGAGCUUUCUGCUAUUCUCACCUUGAUUUCAGAAUUCUUCACAUUUUAGUCACAUCCCUCUGCUGGUCAGUGUUCAGGCUUUCAUCCAUCAAGGAUGAAUCAUUGCAUGAAGCUCCCACCUCACUUUCAGCUAGGCUUUCAGAUGCAUUGGUCAUGGCAUUAAAAACCCUCACUCUGCAGCUCCCCAAGAAUGGGCCAAAAUGGUGAGCUAGGUGGGAGAGUGCUGUGAUUCGACCACAGGCUUGCAGACCAUGAAAGACCAGAAAUAAUUUUGGAUGAACAGAGUCCUACAUCAAAACAAGUGCCCAGUCAUUGGGAUAUUCUGCUGAUCUCACAUAAUCUUGAUUUUGCAGCAGAUUUUUUUUUUUAAUUUAUCUUACAAAAAUACCUUACUUGUAAUGCUGAAUUUCUGUUGACUAUAAAAAUGAUUUUUAACUGUCUGUGUCACAAUCCUGAGAAUGAAACUUGGUAUGUGACAAGAAAAAUAGUUCCUACUGAUUCCUGUAGGGAGAGACAGGGCAAGUAUCAGAAUUCACACAGAUUUGACAUCAGACUUCUUUGAUGGUUCAAGAGAUCUUCAGUGGGAUAGAGGAGUGGCCAAAAAAUAUCUUUUUGCCUUUUUAGCAAUCCAAAAAUUAGUUGAAGUAGUUACCUGAUAACAGCAUCUGUAUAUCCAAGAAUGGAAUUUUCAAUAGUUAAAUCUGACACAGGAUUUUUAAAAUGAUGAUGCUGGUGAAAUUCUGUCGUCAGCAUGUUACUGUUGCCCAACUAUUUGAAAAUGAAAUCUUCUGAAUUAUACUCCCAGACAGAGAGAUGCAUGGAUGGUUGUGGUGAGAGGUGAGUUAUACAUUUAGACUAUUUCUGAGGAUGCAGGUAUUCUCUAGACUGCCAUUCAAAUUAAUUCAUAGGUGCAUGUACAUGUAGUGUGUGUCUGUACACAUAUCUAAUCUAUCUGCAGCAUCCAGAGGGUUGAACCAUCUGAAACGGCAUUAUUGUAAAGUUAUAUGUCUGACCUAAACCCUCAAAUGCUAGGGGUAAAGGCUGAAGAUCUAACUUGCCAUCCCCUUAUGCAGAAUUCUUAUAAAAUAGAGCUGCUGGAGUGGUGCCUGUAGCUAAAAUGUCCUUGGAUUUCUGUGUUUAAGCCAGAGCUAGAAUGCAAUGCCGCAUACAAUGCUGUUACUUUUUCAAUUGUAUUUAAAGACAACACUUCCUCCACAUACAUAACAUGUAUUCAAGCAUACUGAAUUCCCACUUUGCCAAUGGAUCAUAAAGGUUUUUGGAACUUCCAGGACUACUGGUUAGAAUGUAAAGUGGCCCACCUGGUACAAUAAAUUUGGAAGGUGACAGAUCAAGAAACCAAACUGUUCUCUUAAAUAAGUAUGCAUUUUGCCAUCAUGGGCAUUGGCUGGCAAAGAUUUAUAAAGGGUCUUGUAACAAUUUUAAAAAUAGGAGGGACUAAUAAAUGCAUUGCCAACAUUUAACAGUGUACUUGUAUUUUCCAGACUGCCAACCAAAUGAGUGUUUAGGAGGAUGAGGAUAGUAUAGGUACAAGUAAAUUGUGGCCUCAAGCAUCGAAGUUUAAAACGCUCAUUUGUCAGAACAGAAUUUUUAA